UCAGUAGCAGUGAUGAGACCCAUCACAGUGCACCUGAGAACCAAUAGCUGAAACAAUGGGUUUCUCUUCUUCCUCGCGGCGCUUAUGCGUAGCUUCGGUGCUACUGGUCUGCCUUUGCAUGUUGUUAUGCAGAGUACACGGAGGAUCAUCUCACGAGAAACACCUUGAAGAAGGGAUAAACACCCUCAUACCAGCGCCAUCAUGUUCGGCUCGAGAUAGCCUAGACAAGGAUUUUCAUCCAAAUUGCUGGGACCAACCAACGAAGACCAGCACGACAAAGAGGCAACCCUCUUCAUACAAGCUCUACAUAGUUUACCUGGGCGAAGUGAAGCAUGACCAUCCCGACCAUGUCGUGGCUUCACACCAUGACAUGCUCACCACUCUUCUUGGAAGCAAGGAAGAAUCUAUGGCCUCCGUGGUGUACAACUACAAGCACGGCUUCUCGGGCUUCGCCGCCAUGCUCACACCCGAGCAAGCAAAGCAACUUGCAGAGGUUCCGGAGGUCAUCAGCGUCGAAAAGAACAAAAUCCACACGACGGCCACCACGCGAAGUUGGGACUUUCUUGGCCUCAACUACCAGAUGACUGGUACUGGCAGUGGACUACUCAAGGGAAGCAACUAUGGAGAGGAUGUGAUCAUCGGGGUGGUUGACACCGGGAUAUGGCCGGAGUCAAGGAGUUUCAGUGACGAAGGGUACGGACCGAUACCGUCAAGGUGGAAAGGAAAGUGCCAACUCGGGCCAGACUGGGGCAUCAACAACUGUAGCCGCAAGAUCAUCGGCGCGCGGUUCUACAGCGCCGGAGUGUCUGAUGAGGUCCUCAAGAUAGACACGCUCUCGCCCCGCGACCAUAAUGGCCAUGGCACACACUGUGCGUCCACUGCGGCGGGCUCAAUGGUGGAGGGAGCCAGCUUCAACGGCCUCGCCCAGGGAGUUGCACGGGGAGGCGCGCCGCAUGCUCGCAUCGCGGUGUACAAGUCCCUUUGGGGCACGGGCAGAACCAACGAAGGCAGCACGGCGGCCAUUCUCGCUGCUAUCGACGACGCAAUCCACGAUGGUGUUGACGUACUAUCGUUGUCCCUCACUUCCGAAGAGAACUCAUUCGGUGCUCUUCACGCGGUUCAGAAGGGGAUCACUGUGGUGUAUGCAGGUGGCAACGAAGGGCCCAGGUCGCGGACCAUCAGGAACACUUCACCGUGGGCCAUCACCGUUGCGGCAAGCACGGUUGAUCGGUCGUUCCCCACGGUGAUCACGCUGGGAAACAAGCAACAAAUUGUGGGACAAUCUCUUUAUUACCAAGCGAAGAACUCAUCGGGGAGCAGUUUUACAGGUCUUGUCUUUCCUGACGGGUGUACCAAGGUUGCACUUAAUGGUACUGACAUCAGAGGGUUAAUCCUUGUCUGCUUAAUACAAUUGGGGACUUUGGCACAGGCGUCGCGAUAUGUCCGAGACGGCGGGGGGUAUGGUAUUAUUUUCGCUCAAUAUACGACGAACGAUAUAGGUCCCAUGGCAGAUGCAUGCCAAGGCAUUGCCUGCGUUCUGGUGGACCUUGACACUGCCGAGAAGAUCGGCAAAUACAUGGACGUCACCAGCUCUCCGGUGGCAAAGAUCGAACCAGCACACACUCUUACCGGGAAAGAGAUACCGGGGGCAAAAGUGGCAUCAUUUUCCUCGAGAGGUCCAUCGCUUGAUUACCCCGACAUUAUCAAGCCUGACAUAGCCGCGCCCGGAGCCAACAUCUUGGCGGCAGUGGGAGAUUUCUACAAAUUUAUUUCCGGAACAUCAAUGGCAGCUCCGCAUGUAUCCGGAAUCGUUGCGCUACUGAAAGCUGAGCACCCUGACUGGUCUCCCGCCGCGAUAAAAUCAGCCAUCAUGACCACAGCCCGUGUAACAGACAAGCGUGGCAUGCCGAUACUGGCAGAAGGGUUGCCUCGGAAGACGGCUGACCCGUUUGACUAUGGAGGUGGCAACAUCAACCCCAAUGGUGCAGCCGAUCCCGGCUUGGUCUACGACAUCGAUCCUCGUGACUACAACAGAUUCUUUGGGUGCACCAUUGUCAGGAGGACGAACGUGAGCUGUGAUGCGACGGCGCUACCGGCGUACCACCUGAACCUACCCUCCAUCGCGGUGCCCGAGUUGAGGCGUCCGACCACCGUGUGGAGGACAGUGACGAACGUCGGCGUGGUCAACUCAGUGUACCACGUAGAAGUCCAGAGCCCAGCUGGAGUCAUGAUGGAGGUUGAGCCGACGGUUCUCGUGUUCAAUUCCACAAACAAUGUCCAUUCAUUUAAGGUGAAGUUGUCGCCUAUGUGGAGGCUGCAAGGGGACUAUACCUUUGGUAGCAUUACUUGGCGUAAUGACCAGAAGACGGUGAGGAUUCCUGUUGCGGCCCGAAUGACGAUUCAAGAUUUCUAUGCGGACUUUGCAUAAGUUUUCCAGGCAAAACAUAUGUAUUGGAAACUGUGCCCUUACUCAAUAAUUGUAUAAAUAAGAAAACAGAUGGAUGCAUAUUCUCUAUAAUGGCCCGAGGCCUUUUUCUGUUA